GCGACAGCCGUAAGUGCGCGGGGUGGCCGGCGGAGCGGAGUGGUGUGGGCGGCGGCGGCCGCGAGCGGCGGCGGCGGCGGCGGCGCGAUGAGGCCGCAGCAGGCGCCAGUGUCGGGCAAGGUGUUUAUCCAGCGCGACUACAGCGGCGGGACGCGCUGCCAGUUCCAGAGCAAGUUCCCGGCCGAGCUGGAGAACAGGAUUGACAGGCAGCAGUUUGAAGAGACUGUCCGAACACUGAAUAACCUCUAUGCAGAAGCUGAAAAACUUGGGGGCCAAUCUUACCUGGAAGGGUGUCUCGCCUGUCUGACUGCCUAUACCAUCUUCUUGUGCAUGGAAACACAUUAUGAAAAGGUUCUAAAGAAAAUUGCCAAGUUCAUUCAGGAACAGAACGAGAAGAUCUAUGCUCCUCAGGGCCUCCUCCUGACAGACCCCAUUGAAAGAGGACUAAGAGUUAUUGAAAUUACCAUUUAUGAAGACAGAGGUAUGACCAGUGGAAGAUAAAACUGUGGACUCUCAGCAGACAGCUCCAGAGUGGACUCGCUGUAUUGAAGUUCCCCUACCUCCUACUUUAGAGCAUCAUUCCUUUCUCUGCUGCCGGAUCCACAGUGCCAUCUACUAAAAGGACUAACUUCCUAAAACUGCUCCACGUGGGGUGACCUUGCUGGUCAGCAUCCAUUUUGUGGCAAACUUUGUAGGGUUUUUUUUUUCUCAAGAAAAAGCAGUAAUGGUAAAGCUACGUACUUUUCUGAAAGAAUCGGGGCGCUUAGCCCAGCAGAAGUCUAGUUUUAGUCCCGUAAGCGCAGUGCUGUUCCUCCCUAGUCCGUGAGCCCUCUGUCCAUCAGUCGGGCUUUGGAAGCUACAAGUCAGAGUUGGGAAUUUUCCAGAAACGAGGCCUUUGCUCCCAUUCCGUAUUGGAGUGAGGGGAGAUGUGGAGCCUCUGCAUGGCCAGGAAGGACUUAAGGCAACGAGCAUUUUACACUCCCUGUGCUGAUUCUUGUGGAAAAACGGAAGGCAAAGUGUUAUUUGUUUUAAUGUCUGGUUGUUCCUAGAAGGGGGAGGAAUAGCCAGACUUUAUUACUGGUGUUUUUUCUACUGCUGUAUCUGUGCUGUUGUUGCAUCUGUCAAUGCUCGCCAGGAGAGGGGGUCAAUUCGUGGAAGUACAAUAAAAUGGAUGCUGAAUCCAUAAACGUAACAAUUCCUGCCCUGCUCUGAUUAAUAUGUGAAGUGUAAAACUGUUUCUUUAUGGGUUUGUUACAUAUAAUUUAUAGGAAAACCUUGAUUUGACAAGCUGUUAGAUGUUGUAUAAGACGGUUUCUCAGUUCUGUCUGCUGGCGCACUCUCGGGGCGUAGAACUGUGCGUUAUUUCCUGUCCCCCACGCACCCACCUUCCCCAGCAACACCCACAACAGUGAAGUUCCUACAAACCCAGCUGGCUUAGCAUUUUCUCUAGUAUCCUUCUCCCUUGUCCCUACACGAGGAUGUCCUGGGCUAGGUUGUAAUUGUCCAAUUGUAGAAGGAAUUUGAGAAUUUAGAAAAGGAGAAGAUAUUGCAGAGCAGAUGGAGUUUUGGCUUCGGUGGUGCUGCAGGUGCUAAUUCUGGAGCUGAAAUUCCAGGCUUAUUACUCAGCCACUGAUUCUUUUUUUUUUUUAUUUGUUUAAUAUUUUAAUUGUAUAAAACUUGUUUUUUCUAAACUGUAACAGUGUUUGCCUUUCACAUCUGUUGCAAUAUUGGCGGAAGUACUAAUGGAUUAGUAAAUUUUUUCCUAAACCA